ACCCUUUUAAAUCAUUUUACGUUACAGCAAUGGCGGCAGCAAGGAGGAUUUAUUUUGCAGCUAGUAUUAGGGCUGGACGAGGAGACUCUCAUUUAUAUUACAAGAUAGUAUCAAUCCUCAAAAAAUAUGGCACUGUACUGACUGAACACGUUGGAGAUCCUACAUUAACAGAAUUAGGUGACAGUCACAUGACUGAUAAGGAAAUACACAAACGUGACAUGGAUUGGUUACGAAGUUCGCACGUCCUUGUAGCCGAGGUAACUCAACCUUCCCUUGGAGUUGGUUAUGAGAUUGGACGAGCUAUAGAGAUGAAUAAGAAUAUACUCUGUCUCUUCAGACCGUCCGAUACAGAGAAAAGACUUUCAGCCAUGAUAAGAGGAGCAGAGAAUGGGAAGAGUGUCAUUGUCAAGGAUUACAAGCAGGAGGACAUUGAGAAUUUACUUGAGUCGUAUUUUAGUGAGACAGUUUAACUUAUUGCACUUGAGAUGCAUGCAUUGAAAUAACAAUGAAAAAGAGAUGAUUAAAUUUGCAUUUUAUGAUGAUUUAUAAUAUGCUAUAUAAAAAGUUGGAGCUAUUUCUUGCAACAUUUUA